UCGCUCUGUCGCUAUCGUCCUGACUUCUGACGCAUGCGCUACAGCUUUCCGGCGCUCACCAGUAGCUAAACCGCAGAAGGUAACAUGUCUCUCAAACUCGCACUCCCAGAUGUUGCCGCGGCAUGGAUGGUGGUCCUCGUCUGUUUCGUCCCUCCGGCGGAGGCGUACGAUUUCGGAGACGCCGUAGCUCUGUUGCUCGGGACGGCCAUAUCGAUUGUGGGGUUUUGUGCCUUCCUGGGCUGGUACGCACGGAGACGAAAUGGACACCUCUGAAAUUUUUGAGUUUUUUCCUCCUCCAGGUCCUGGCCUGUAAACAACCCCCCCUCCUCCUCCUCCCCCUUCCUCCCUGCGUUCUGCUCACGAUGAUUUCCUUGAGGGAGCUACUGCCACAAGGUUUACGCCGACAUGACUUUAAAGAAUCGUGCCUUAUUGGAAGCGAAAGCAACAACGCGGAAGUCACGAACCCUGCGGACUCCGACGCGAAUAACAGGAACCGAUCCUUUCUUUUUUUUGCAGAGUUGAGAUUUCGAGGACCAAGCCGAAGAAGACUUCUCACCGUGCAGGCUGCUGCAGUUAUUUGCUCUUUUAAGAUUGCUUCUAAUGCUUUAUUGUUUUCCAUGCUUGGAAUGUGCACUGUGAUUCCUUUGCAAAACGUAGCACAUCGCCAUUGUUACAAGCACAAUAAUAACCAGUGAGCUCCAACGCAGGUUGAGCUGUUGUUACCAAUAAAGGAAAAAAACUGGUUUAUCAUUUGUAAACUUGUUGCUGUCCACGGUUCAUGCUUGCAUUAAACGCAACCCCAUUGAUAUGGGAUUACAUGUGUUAUCCCGAGUAAACCAAUUUGCUUGAAAGGUCCUUAUUUCAUCUCGGGAGUAGAUUAACUGCUGUUGUGGCCGGAGGUGUCAGUGGAUCUGAUUCCCCUCCCUCUGAUGGGACAUGACGCAAGCCUCUUUUGGCCUGAGACUGAAUACCUUCUGUCAAUAAAUUGGGAUUGUUAAGAGUUUUUAGCGUUUAAACAUCUUCUGCCUGUUGUUUGUAGUCUGCUACCAUCGGUAUAUUACAUAUUUGUUGUGAAAUGUUCUGAUCUGGAUUUUAAGUGAACAAAGAACUGUUUCCUGAGUAAAAAACAUAGAU